AUGAGCAGCCAGCGCGUUCCAAUCGAGUCCCAGCGUGUGGACGCACCGCUUACCUCCUCAGCGACUUUCCUCGUGCUAUCAGCAACAGAUAAACCAGACUCCAUCAAGACGAUUCGCUCCGUCGUCGCUGGGUUGGACGACCUCGCUAAGAAUGUCUCCAUUCGCGAUCUGAACGCCCAAUUCGCCUGCACGGUCGGCAUUGGCAGCGACAUCUGGGACCGGUUGACUGGUCUACCUAGACCCGCCGAGCUUCGUCCGUUCAAGGAGAUUAAGGGCAAUAAGCACACGGCUGUUUCGACGCCUGGCGACUUGCUAUUCCAUAUCCGAUCCGAGCGACGAGACAUCUGUUUUGAGUUUGAGAGACAAUUGAUGGACCAGCUUGGCGAUUCGGUGUCUCUGGUAGAUGAAACUGUGGGAUUCCGGUACUUUGAUGUCCGCGAUCUACUCGGCUUCGUGGACGGGACAGCCAACCCCAUCGGACCGGCAGUUCCUCCGGCCGUCCUCGUCGCAGAGGAAGAUACAUCCGCCCAGGGAGGCAGUUACAUCGUCAUCCAGAAGUACGUACACGAUCUAGAGUCCUGGAAGUCUCUCUCCACAGAGACACAGGAAAAGAUCAUUGGGCGCACCAAGCUUGAUAAUGUUGAACUCGACGAUGCCGAGUCUGGACAACGAUCGCACAAGACCCUCAACACUAUCGAAGAUGAAAAUGGCGGUGAACAUGAUAUCUUGCGUGAUAACAUGCCAUUUGGAUCACCCGGUUCGGGUGAGUUUGGCACGUACUUUAUUGGAUAUACGCGCCGGUUGUGGGUUAUUGAGAAGAUGUUGGAGCGCAUGUUCAUCGGGCACCCUCCUGGACUCCAUGAUCGAAUUCUGGAUUUCUCUACGCCAUUGACUGGAACUACGUUCUUCGCCCCAUCCGCGAGUCUACUGGCAAGCCUUGAUUCGGAUUGA